UGGAGCUGGACGCAGAGGCCCCACCAGUCACUGGGUCCUGAGGAGACCAGAGGAGGGAGGAGGGGCCGCUGGCCCCAGCAUGGACCAGCCUCUGCCUGGAGGCUCCUCUGCCUCAGCUUUCCCCAGCAAGCUUUUUCUGAGGUCACACAGUUCUUUCAGGGCUUGGGAGACUUUACUCUUGACCCAGAACCCACCCACCUCCAGUGACCAGCUUGACUUGAGACUUGAAAACAAAUAGUAAGCACGAAGGCCAAGGAGGGCAGGGGGGUGGCUCUGGCCGCAGAGGCCCUGUGCCUCUCCAGCCCUAACACCUUAUCUCUGUCUGUGGAGCCCUCUUCAAACCCAGGGAAACAAAAGCAGCUUCUAGGGACCACUGUUCUUCCAGCAACCACGAGUGAGGCUCCAUGAGGUCCCACGGCAGCCGUGGAGCUGGGCUCACUCCCAGGGUUAUUACCCUCCAGCGUUCUCGCUCUUUCCUAUCCUAUGCUGCCUCAAAAAGAGCUUGCCCUACCCUGCUCUGCCCCAGACCCCAUCACCCUGCCCCCCCACAUCGCUCUGGACUGCCCUUGUGGUCAGAGCCAGCAGUUCCUGUGGGGCCACCCCCGGCCUGAACCCUUGGCGUCUUUAAGAGUGGCCUGGAACCAGCAGACAGGUGAGUGGCCCAGCCCAUGCCUUGCCAUCAAGAUUUCCCCUCCACUCCUCUGCCCUCUCUGGACCGGGUCAGUUAGAAAGAGUUGUCUUUUGGGACACCCUGCAGGGGUGGAGUUUAGAGGGGAAGUAAGGAGUCAGGAUUACACAACAAAACCAAAAAGAAAACGGUUGGGUGCUUUUGUCUAGUUGCAGUCCGUCUUUUAUUUUCUACAUGCUAAACCCACAUCUUGGGUUGUCAGGCCACUGUAAGCUUGGCUCCGGCUGGGGUGCUAAGGAGGAGAGCAUAGAGGUUCCUCCCAUCCCAGACACCACCCUUUCCUUUCUGGAGGAAAGCCAAGUCCCAGUGCUGGCUCCAGAUCCCUCCCACUUUGGACCUAUAAAACCUUCAGCUCAGAGAGCAGUUCUGCACUCACCACACUGCGCCCACGCUAAGCCACAGCACAGCGAGGUGGUCAGAAGGCCAAGAUCAGAGAGGUGAGCAAGAAUUCAACAGGUGGCAUUCUUGUGACAUCGUUGAGGGAAGUAGGCCACACUCUGGCCCCUGACACAGCAGCAUGGAGCAGGUCCAGGACACCUCCCGCCCACCACUGGAGUAUGUGAAGGGGGUCCCUCUCAUCAAGUACUUUGCGGAGGCACUGGGGCCACUGCAGAGCUUCCACGCCUGGCCUGACGACCUGCUCAUCAGCACCUACCCCAAAUCUGGCACCACCUGGGUGAGCGAGGUCCUGGACAUGAUCUACCAGGGUGGUGACGUGGAGAAGUGUCGCAGGGCCCCUGUCUUCAUCCGUGUGCCCUUCCUUGAGUUUAAGGCCCCAGGGCUUCCCUCAGGUUUCGAGGUUCUGAGAGACACACCAGCCCCACGGCUCCUCAAGACACACUUGCCGCUGUCCCUGCUCCCCCAGACCCUGCUGGAUCAGAAGGUCAAGGUGGUGUAUAUUGCCCGCAACGCAAAGGACGUGGCCGUCUCCUAUUACCACUUCUACCGCAUGGCCAGAGUGCACCCUGACCCUGGCACCUGGGACAGCUUCCUGGAGAAGUUCAUGGCUGGGGAAGUGGCGUAUGGGUCCUGGUACCAGCACGUGCAGGAGUGGUGGGAGCUGAGUCACACCCACCCUGUUCUCUACCUCUUCUAUGAGGACAUGAAGGAGAACCCCAAAAGGGAGAUUAAGAAGAUCCUGGAGUUUGUGGGGCGUUCCCUGCCAGAAGAGACCGUAGAUCACAUUGUGCAGCACACAUCUUUCAAGGCGAUGAAGAAGAAUCACAUGGCGAACUACAGCACUAUCCCCACAGACGUCAUGGACCACAACGUUUCUGCCUUCAUGAGGAAAGGCGUCGCAGGGGACUGGAAGACCACCUUCACUGUGGCCCAGAACGAGCGCUUUGACACCGACUAUGCUGAGAAGAUGGCAGGCUGCAACCUCAGCUUCCGCUCAGAGGUGUGAGAGGUGUUCAUCGGACAUCACUGCAAAGGGAGUGGUGUGAAAGGAGCCCAAUCCCGGCCUCGAGAAUAAAAUACGAUUUGUGUCA